CAAGUGAAAGGAGAAAGAUGAAAAGGAGAGGGCUUUAAAUUGCUUUCAUUUGGGCGUCUUUCCGCAACAUUUCACAUUUGCCUUUCGGAUUGGGGAGGUUCGGCGGUGUAAUGGAGCGUCCGACUUUCGGCGGCGGCGACGUCCAAGGUAACAACACGAAGAAGGUGAGGAAGUUGCCGAGCCCAAAGGAGAUGGUCGCCCACUACGAGGCCAAGGGUUUGGGCGCCGAAGAAGCUUCGCUCAAAGCAAUCGAAGAUCUCCAGAACCUGCUCUUCAAAAUGGCCGUGAAUUCCGGAGAAAAAGGCUCCGCCGCCGCCGCUACAUCGAGGAAGCUCGACUCCAUUAGCUCGAGGUUGAUCAGCCUGGACAUGAAAUUGGACUCGAAACCUAGCCAUCCCCAGACGCUCGCCAUCGGGGUGGCUUCCGGCGCACUUGUCCAACUCUUCCCUCACUUCGCCGGAGCUGUCGCCGGGAUCUGGAAUUCCGUUCGUUCUGUUACCAAAUCUAAUCCGUGACUCUUCCUUCUUCGUUUGAAUUGUUGAAUGAGCAGUUUUUUGUUCUGAAUGAUUUUGAGCUCGUUUUGAUUAUUUUUUUUUUUGUUAAUUCAGAUGAGAAAUUAAUGAAUUAAUUAAUUAAGAAUAAUGUGUCCUCAAUAUU